AUGGACACCCUGUUGGCGAGGUUCUGCGUUAUAACGGCGGACACUUUCGCAGAGGAGCGAGAGAUCCAUGAGGAACUGGGCCUGGGCCUAAUCACCAACGCCACGCUGUUCGGUGCAUGCAACACAGCGAGGUACGAGGUGCCAUGCCCGGUCCAGUUCAUAGACACCGAGUGGGCGCUGAGGACCGAAAACGUGAAGUACCUGGUGGCCGAGAUCUUUCGACACGCUUCCUUUGGCCACAACUCCGUGCGCAUCCUAAACAAGGGACGCUAUGUGCUGAGGCAGAUGUCUUGCAAGCCAUAUCUCAACAACCCGGAGUGGCAGCUUCCCGAGGAUGGUGUCAUUGCCAUCUCUGGUGGUAACGGCGCUCUGGGUUUGGUCAUGGGAGGCUGGAUUCUGCGCACGGCCAAGCGCCAGGGCGGCAAGAAAUUCACCAUCAAGUUCCUAUCCAGGUCCUGCAAGAUCAGCGAUCAGAACAUGCCCAACUGGCAGGAAGUCCAGUCACUAGCGGCGUCUCUGGGCAUCACAGUGGAGCAGGCGAAGUGCGACGUGAGCUCCCAGGAGUCGGUGGAUCAGUUCAUCUCCAGCGUCACACCGAACCUCACAGGAGCAACUCUGGAACCGGAAUCGCUGCUAGCUGUAUCGGUCUUUUCGGGCCCCGUCUACUGCAAGCCAAGCUGCUGGCAGCCUCAUCUCCCAUGA